CGUUGUCUCCAGUACUUGCGCACAUGUCGUGUGGAGAAGGCGGUUUCCCCCGUUGAAAACCGAACGCUCGACACACUAGGUGGAAAUAGAACGACGCGAUUGAUUUUUUUUUUCGUUUUUUGAGAAUUAGCGCGCGUGAUUCGUGGAAAUUGAUCAGGGCUUGAAGUUUUCGGAGGUGGGAAAGUUAAGGUGAAAAGGUGGAGGCAUAUUUGUUCAAGUUUUGUCAAUUUAGCAAGGAAAGUUCAAGGUGAUUACAAAGAAGAAAGAAGAAAAAGUGCGAAUCAAGUGUGGCGAUGAUCGAUAACCUGGAGUCGAAGAUAACGUUCGAGAUACCAAACAGUCUGGAUUUCGACAAGCUGAUCCGUGCCGGCGGUCAGAACUACUCCUCGUUUUGGCAGAAUCUGCACCACCAGCAGGACCUGGCGGCCAGAGCUGCCGGAAUGGGCUCGCUAGGAAUGCCCGGCACCGACUACAAUGCCACCGUCGCUGCGGCGGCCGAUUUCAACCUGUUGAACAGUCUGCAGAGCUUUGCCAGCCGGAGCAGUAGCAGUAGCGGAGGUGGUGGAGUCCUGCUCGGGGACGGAAGUGAACAGCUGCUGGAUCCCACGUACGAGCGCUUCAUCGGCGAUGUCUGGGUUGGCAUAGUGCUCACCCUGAUGAUUCUUUCCUCGAUAUUUUGCAUGUGUUCCUGCUUUCUGUACCACAAGUUUCGCCAGUGGCAACGAAGUGUGCUCACCGCCCGCUCGCAGACCCUCUCCGCGAUGGACGUGGAAACCCCGCCGCCGUACGACGUCGAGUCCCUGCCCAGCUACACGAUCGUGUCCGGUCUGCCCAGCUACAGCGAUGCCAUCGAGCAGCUCAAGCAGAAGCAGCUGCAGCGCACCCUGGGCUACGCCGGCUACGAACCGGUCAAGCUGCAGCACGCCUCCGUCAUCAAGCUGUUCGAGUCGCAGUCGCAGGAACUUGGCAUAAGCCAAGGUGCCGAACCGGCCAAGCUGGAGGAAAUUCGGUACAACUUUGCCAACGUGGUCCCGGCGGUCGCCAAUGGCGGCGCAGCAGGACUCGGCGGGGUGGAAAUUGUCAACGAAGUUUCGCCAACGACGAGUAGCAACAGCCAAUCGAUGGCCGCGGCGUUGCCCGCCUAUAAAGGCCACGGGCCGCCGGUGGCCGUGGAGGUCGGGGACGGGACGGUUAUUGCCGUAAGCUUGAAAAAGUUCCACGUCAGCAGGUACACCGUCGAGGACGAGCUUAGUAACGGUGUGAGUUAAGAGGGCUGCUCUUCAGCAGCUAACGAUAAUGCCUUGCUUGGUUUUGUUGUGUUUUCAAGCGAAGCAGAUCUUAAAACCGAAAACUCUGACUGUGUUAUUAUCGAAUAAUUUACUAAGUUAUACAGUUUAGGCGAGAGACGAGUGUCUUUUUUUUGUACAUAUAGCUAGACUGCGUAGGAUGAUAAUUCUCGAAGACUAUAUUUUCGCCAGUUCGAUAGAUAGUUGCUAACUAAAAAAAUAAAACAAAAACUAACCUGACGCUGGGAACGCAUCGUUCCAGUCUGACUAUUCAAUAGUAAAGUAACAAAGAAGUGCGCACUGUACAUGAAUCAUAUUUUUAUUCCUUAUUCAAAGACUUGUAUGCACGAUUUGUAGUCAUGCUCAAUAGAAGAAAAAUGCAAUUGAAA